AUGGCGAACAAGCAGGGAAAGAUGGCCGGUCUCAUCAACUACCGGAUGAGGGUCACGAUGAACGAUGGACGCCAGAUGGUUGGACAGAUGUUGGCCUUUGACAAACACAUGAACCUCGUUCUCGCAGAUACCGAAGAGUUCAGACGCGUCAAGCGCAAGGCGACAAAAGCUGCAGCUGCUCCAGGUGCCAGCAGCAGCUCAGCCCCUCUCGUCGAGUCGGAAGAGAAGCGUACAUUGGGUCUUACUAUCGUUCGAGGCGCUCAUAUCAUCUCUCUCUCGGUCGAGUCUCCACCACCGGCGGAUCCAUCUGCGCGUCUAGGAGCAAGUGCACCAGGAGGAGGGGUUACAUCUCUAGCUGCAGGUGCGGGAAUUGCACGACCUGCUGGACGAGGAGCUCCUGUUGGAUUGGCGGGACCUGCUGCAGGUAUUGGCGGACCACCACCCGGAUUUCCUGGAGGCUUCCCUGGAGCUCCUGGCUUUGGAAGAGGAGCACCACCCCCAGGAUUUGGUGGGUUCCCUCCCGGGUUCCCUGCUGGUGGCCCUCCUCCACCUGGCUUCAAUCCUCCCAGAAGAUAG